UGUCUGCUCUAGAUUGAAUGUCUACCACCAUCUACUACGGCUCUGUUGUUAACCCUGUCAAUCUGACGUCGUUCCAGGCGCUGCCACGAUGUCUCCUUGCCGUCGGAGCCACCGGAUGCGUGGAAUGGCUAGUUGAAGACGUGGAAGACGCCCUCGUUCGCGAAACGAUGGGUCGUAUGGGCUGCCUUGAUAACGUUGUCAUUCCUUUGAAGGAAACAGAAUUUAUCAUGCCCGGCUUUAUCGAUACACAUACUCAUGCACCUCAGUUUCGAAACAUUGGCAGCGGACAGCAAUAUGAACUGCUAGACUGGCUUUCCAUCGUCACCUUUCCUACGGAGACGAAAUUCGCGGACCUUGACUUCGCACGACGUACUUACUCCUCGGUUGUGCGUCGAAUCAUUAAUAAUGGAACUACGACUUGUUGUUACUACGGAACAUUGCACCUUGAAGCUACGAAGCUUCUGGCAGAUAUAAUCAAAUCUUAUGGCCAGCGUGCGUUCGUGGGGAAAUGCAACAUGGACAGAAACUGUCCCGACUACUACGUAGAACCAUCUGCCGAGGCCUCUAUCGACGCGACGGAAUCGCUUAUUUCCCAUAUUCGGUCCCUGGAUUCUAACCACACAGAGGAACCUCUCGUGCAACCAAUUCUGACGCCGCGAUUUGCAAUAUCGUGUAGUCCUCCUCUGCUCGCAUCUCUCGGCAAACUCGUGUUGUCAGAUUCUAGCCUAAGAAUACAGACACAUAUAUCAGAAAAUGAAUCUGAAAUCGAAUUAACCAAAGAAUUAUUUCCUGAAUGUCCUUCUUAUGCGCAUGUUUAUGACUCCUUCGGAUUGUUGCGCUCCAACACCAUCUUGGCGCACGCCGUACAUCUUGAACCCCAUGAGAUGGACCUCAUUGCACAGCGUGGAGCGGGGAUCAGUCACUGUCCAACCAGCAAUUUCAAUUUGAGUAGCGGUGUCGCGCCAGUCGGAGAAUUCUUGGACAGAGGCAUAAAGGUCGGCCUCGGUACCGACGUUUCAGGCGGAUACUCCCCAUCCAUCCUCAACAGCGUACAAACCGCCAGUAUCGCCGCUAAAGUGGUCGCCAUGCAGGCAAAGGGAUCGAAGCCGACGUCAGGGAACUUCAGUGAUCGACAGCUUUCCGUCGCGACACUGUUGUAUCUCGCGACGCUCGGUGGAGCUGAAGUCUGUGAUCUAAAGGAACGUGUUGGGUCGUUUGCUCCGGGAAAAUCGUUUGACGCGUUGAUCGUUAAUGUUUCUGACAAGGGUGGCAACCCUUGUAUUUGGGGCACAGGAGAGGAAGAGAAAGGGAAGGCGGCCCUUGAGGGCAUGUUGGAGAGAUUGCUUUUCUGCGGAGACGACAGAAACAUUGCGAGGGUGUUCAUUCAAGGCAAACUUGUUGGAGGAACAGAAUUCUAAUUUCGGUCUACAUUCCAGGAUGCAGUGUUAUAGAUAUUUCUAAGGGUAUAGUACAAGUACAGGCAAAAACAUACCAUAGAAUACAAAUAGAAUUCUUAGUUGCUUAGAAUCACGUAUAGUUACCGAUCACUCUCAUAGUAGCCAAACUCCCAUUUGAAACAGUC